ACGGUUAACUUAUACUGUGUAGCAUCAAGUGGACCCUCAAGUUUUGUUCACACAAGUCUAGUGCUUAAGCAGCGCCACAGUUUUGCUGUGAAGUCUACCUCUGCAGAUGUAUGCACAACAUUUGAUGGAAGUGUCGAAGGUGUAUCUUCACAUACUGUUGAAGAAAGGGUUGGGGUGCUCUUGUUAAAUCUUGGUGGUCCAGAGACCCUGAAUGAUGUUCAACCAUUUUUGUUCAACCUGUUUGCUGAUCCAGAUAUCAUUCGACUUCCUAGGCUGUUCAGGUUUCUUCAAAGACCAUUGGCCAAACUUAUCUCUACUUUUAGAGCUCCAAAGAGUAAAGAGGCGUAUGCUUCAAUUGGUGGUGGAUCACCUUUGCGGAAAAUUACCAAUGAGCAGGCAAAUGCUUUGAAGCUGGCACUACAAAAGAAGAAUCUGCAUGCAGAUAUAUAUGUUGGAAUGCGGUAUUGGUACCCUUUCACGGAGGAAGCCAUUGAUCAGAUCAAGAAGGAUAAGAUUACAAAGCUUGUUGUUCUUCCACUGUACCCUCAGUACUCCAUAUCAACAAGCGGGUCAAGCAUCCGUGUUCUCCAGAACAUUGUCAAUGAAGAUUCAUAUUUUGCUGCCUUACCAGUUUCCAUUAUAGAAUCAUGGUACCAACGUGAUGGCUAUGUGAAAUCAAUGGCUGAGUUAAUUCAGAAGGAGCUAUCAAUUUUUGCAAAUCCUGAAGAGGUUAUGAUAUUCUUCAGUGCACAUGGAGUACCCCUUACCUAUGUUAAGGAUGCUGGAGACCCGUACAGAGAUCAGAUGGAGGACUGCAUUACUUUGAUCAUGGAAGAGUUGAGAUCCAGAGGAAUCUUAAAUAGCCACACUCUGGCUUACCAGAGUCGAGUGGGUCCAGUUCAAUGGCUUAAGCCGUAUACUGAUGAAGUUAUAAUUGAACUUGGUCAAAAGGGUGUAAAGAGCCUCCUUGCUGUCCCAGUAAGCUUCGUGAGUGAGCACAUUGAGACAUUGGAAGAAAUCGACAUAGAGUACAAGGAGUUGGCUCUGGAAUCUGGCAUCGAGAACUGGGGUAGGGUUCCAGCUCUUGGGUGCACCUCAUCCUUUAUCUCUGACCUUGCUGAUGCUGUCAUCGAAGCCCUUCCCUCUGCUUCUGCAAUCACAACCAGAAAGGGUAUCAACGCUGACUCAGACAUGGACCUGAGGCGUUACCUGAGCAAGAUGUUCUUUGGCUCAAUCUUGGCCUUCAUUCUGCUGCUAUCACCAAGAAUGAUCUCAACUUUCCGGAAUAAUCUGCUUUAGGUUGCUUUUCUUUCGUUUUUCCAACAAGACAGAAGAAGCAUGAGUAUAGUGGCAGUAAAGAUGUUUGGAUUUUUUUUUUAUGUAAAUGUGUGCAGAAGGGUUUGAGAGCUAACUAAUUCUGUGAUUAGAAAGUUACUGUGGUUAUGUAAUUCACUGGUGCGUACCUGACAUGUCAGGCAUUCAGAUGCUACUGCUAUAUUGAUGGUUGUGGUGAAGCAAUGAACUAUGAUAUCGAGCAAGUUUUAACUGCAA